AUGGUGCUUACAGCAAUGCCCGUUACGCCAACAACAACAACGACCAAUACACCGAUGGUCUUUACUUCAACCCAUCUGGCUACAACAGCGGCUACAACAACAACUACAACAACAACAACAACUACGGAUCCAACUACGCUAACUCUGCCCCAUACGGCAGCAGCUACUCCUCAAGGUCAUACGGCAGUAGGUACGGCUCCGGAAGAGGAUCAUCUUACGGCAGAAAUAAUGCUUACCAGGCUAACAACAACUACAACAACAACAACUACAACAACAACAACUACAAAUCUGGUAAGUUUUGUGUGUGUGUGAUGUUCAAUUUAUUAAACCUUGCAGUUGUUUUAAAUAUCGUUAUUAUACAUCAAAGAAUAUCUACUACUUUAUUAACAUGUCAAGAAUUUUGCAAUAAGCAUAUUACCUUUUUAGUUUCGUACAACUUGCGUUAAUGAAUGAGUUCUGUUACAAAACGCCUAAUAGGAAAUGACGUUGUUAAAACAAGUAUCUAUUUGGUGUAUUGGAGACACAUCUCAGUAAGUUAUUUAGUGCAUGGUACACGUACGUCACAGGAGUUUCUCGGUAAAGAUAAAAGGAAAUAACUCAAGAUACAUUUAAAAAAACAGCUAAAAUUUGUUGUUUUUUUUAAAAUAUAAAUGUACGGUAUUGAAAAUAAAUAUCUAUAUUAGGCAUUUUUCGUUACGUCUAGGGGUACUCAAUUGGAGGAUUUUCAAAUUAUUAUUUAAGUCAUGUCCUUGCUCCCCUUUUUCCCCAUACUGUGCCCUAAAUAAGUAACUUUAGAGACGCUAAGUUCUGGUUUGUAAAGUUUUGAGGUAAAUUCUGAUCCUCUCGUUUCAUAAAAACCUUAUGAAAAGUUUCUAUAUGUUCCCCCCUAGUGUGAGUGUGAAUACAUACAUGUCAACAAAAUAGGAAAUUACAUUGUCGAUAUCCUUAAAAAGUGCUCUAUUAAAUCUGGUAAAGUUAGAGGGACUGUUUUUUUAGGGAAAAAUGGUACAUAACCAAACUUAAAAUGGCCCACAGGUAUUCUAAAGGCAGUACAAAACCUCCCAAAAACUUGUUAUUUUCACACAUAGGAAUCUGCCAGAACCGUUUAGUGAUAUCUAUUUAGUGGCUCCAUAUAAUGCCGAGAAAAUGUCCCCUGGGUAAGGAAUGACUUCGGCGCACAAAUGAAUGAAUCGUGUUAAAUAUUAGCAUUUGUGCUUACAAUAAAUAGCAUUGAAACGUAUUAAUAAUUUUAUCAUGAUUAUCAUUUCAGGAUCCUAUUAAUUCCAUCACGAAUUUCAAGGGCCGUAAGAACAACCAGCAUUUUAACAAGUCUAUAGAGCUACCCUACACUGAAAAUGAAGUUGUUUCCCUUGACUUGCGGAC